UUGGCAGUCUGGUACUGCAUCGUAUUUUCGUAGGAAAGGUGUGAGGUGUGAAUCCAUCAAUUUGCGCGUACCAACAUUUCUAAAUGUUAAAAAUGUGAAAAUGUCGGUAUGACAAAGGUGUGCGGAAGGUGUUGAGCGAAAUUUCUCAACGGUUCAAAGUGUGCGUUCGAAAAACGUGCCACAGGGUGGGGCGAGAGUAAAAGUAAGAAGCAAGAUUGGGCUGCCUCGCGUUUACGACUUGACGUCAAUCGGUGAUGAUCACGUAUCGUUAAAUGCUGAAUUGUUCGACAACUAUUUCAUUAUAGUGAUGUCGUCAGACAUGAAUCUGUUUGAUUUGCUGGAGGACACGUUUCUCAAAGGGGACGUUAAGGAUGAGUUACUAGUUGACCAUAAUUAUGGCGACGUCAUCACGACAGAAGAAUGCCCCAUGAAUUCCGAUGAUGACCUGUUUGCCUCGAUCUUGAAGAUGGAGGAGGAUCCACUUGGUUUCAAUUUGAUUGGGAAGGAUAUGGAAACAGUCGCAUCCUCCUCGUCGGACAGUGGACUCUCCAGUGCGCUAAGUCUUUCUUAUGAACAGCAAUUGAGUCCGUAUUUGUCGAGAACGGACAAUAAUGAGGAAGAAGAUAUCGGUAAUUCUGACUUAAAAAGUCCGCAAGAAUUUAUGGACUUUGAAGCUGCGGUUAGUCCGUCUUUAGGCAGCAUAGAUAGUUCUGUCAAAUCUGUCGUGAGCUCGAAUAUCGGUUCACCAAUUACCGAUGUGGCCGAAGAGAUGGAUUACGAGCCAUCUUUAGUUGCUAUUGUAACGCCAAACAAUACUAUGCCAAGUUUGAGCACUACUGUUGCUACCGAACAACCGGUUGUUAAUAUCGAUUCAACAACUAAACAACAAGUUCAACUUACACCACAAGAGAACGCCGUAAAUAUUCGCAAUUUAACGUGUAAUGGAAAACGAAAUAUUCGACAAUUGAUACGCGUCACUCCAAUGGGUUCCGGUAAUCCGCGAUCUAUCCUAUUGCCAGUGAGUUUGAAAGACAUGAAGGAAGUCCGAACUAUUAAAAUCAUGACAACACAAGCGAAAAACUUGAAAGGCUUCAAGAUCAAUCAAGCAAACAUAAUCAAUAAACCUAUUCAGAUGACUAUCAAACAAGAGGAUUCUAGCAGUGAUAAAGGUUGUAAUUCCAGUGAUGAAGUAACAUCAGAAACUGACUCGACUUAUCCACGAUUAAAGUUAAAUGCAGAAGAAAAGCGAUUAUUGCAAAAAGAAGGCAUUACAUUGCCUAGUCAUUAUCCAUUGACAAAGCACGAAGAACGUGAAUUAAAGAGAAUCAGACGCAAGAUUCGUAAUAAAAUAUCUGCGCAGGAUUCUCGCAAGAGGAAAAAGGAAUACGUGGACGGCUUGGAAGAUCGCGUCAAACAGUGUACAGAAGAGAAUAUAACUUUGCUGAAACGAAUAAAAGCUUUACAGUCGCAAAAUCAAAGCUUGGCCGGCCAAUUAAAGAGACUACAAGCGCUCAUACAAAAGGGCAACAAGAGCGCCCAACCGGCAACUUGUCUGAUGGUCUUGUUGCUUUCGUUAGCUCUUGUCGCUUUACCGAACUUGCGACCACAUUCCAACAAUAAUAAUAACGAUUUGACACAAGAACAGGAACAACCAGAGAAAACAUCACUCCCAGGUCGCUCGAGAACUUUAUUAUAUACGAAGCAGCUAAUGGAUGAAGAAUUACAGCAAUAUGGUGAAGAGUUGUUGCAGGAGGUCGAGGGUCUUCUAGAUCACGAUUACAGCCCAGUAAUACAAAUGCCUCUCUAUAAACGUCCUCGUAUUGACAGCGAAACUACUCCUAAAUAUGUCUCUUCUAUAAAUCAUGUGGGAGGUACGCUUGGUUUAAAAUCAGAUCUUGCCAUCUCAAAGACGAAGAAACAAUAUAUCGAACCACCAUUGGAUGAUAUAUGGCCACCGCCAAAUCCAGGCGGACAGAAGACAGUAAAAAUGGAUAAACUCGAAACUAUUACUAACGAGCUCAAGAUUAAUAUUUCCGAUGCUGAAGGUACUAGAACAGUUCUUAUCAAAAUGCCUCAUGAUAAGUAAGACGGAAGAUGUUUACUUUUGCAACGAUACAAUAGUAUCUUUUUUGGCUUACGAAUUUACAACGAUUAUAAAUAUAUCUUAUUAUUAGUG